AUCCAAAUAUUGUUCCUCAAAGAACUAAUUACAUUGUUACAUUUAAAGAUGCCAUUCGCCACGUGGCGAACUCUGGUCCAUGAGAUGAGAACAAGAAAGCAUGUUACCGCUGGAUCAUCCCCGUGGGUUUGAAACUCUGAGUCGGGAGUAGAGAGAGAGAGUCAUUGUUUAAUGAUAUUUAUUUCAUAAGGACAUAACUAGAAGAGUUUUCUUCAGACAAAGCCGAAGUGAGAAGAGGAAAGAAAAGCUUUUCACUUUGGUUUCGUAGAAUCUGCAAAAGCCCAAAUCAGAGUGUUAGAAAGAGAGAGAGAGGGAGAGACUUAAAUUCUGGGGAUGAGCAGAGCAGAAGAAAGAGAAAGCUCAAACCCCCACGGCGGCGUUGCAGAAAUCAAUAUAUAGAAUAAUAAAGUUUUUUAUAAACAGGCAGCUUAAAUUCUUCUUUCUUUCUUUUCUUUUUUGUUUCUUCUUUCUUACUUUCUCUCACUUCAACUACUCACUACACACUUUUUGUUCCGAGAGAGAUCUUGGAAAGCACUGGAAUUUUGAUAGGAAGAGAAAGCAAUACCCACGAGUGAAAAUUAUAAAAAGAAAAUAGUCUUAAGAAUUUCAUGGUAAUUAGGGUUUUUGUAGUAUGUAUAUUAUUGGGUCAAGAUUAGGGUUUGAAGUGUUAGGUCUUAGGAAAUGGCUGGGAUGUUUUCGUUAGGAGGAAACAACAACAACGGAGAAGAAGAAAAUCAACAACAAGAAGAAAAGACAAAUUGGGUUUGGUAUAGAUCAAACACAAACACCAAUAAUAUUAACCCAAGCUCGAGCGUAUGGCAGAUUCCACCAGAGCAGCAGCUUCUCAUGCAUCAUCAUCAACCACAAACACAACAACAAAGCCUGGAUCUUUAUCCAGGUCAUCAGAUCGACGUCUCUGAUUUAGCCACAUCAUCAAGAUCCAUCACCAUAAGCUGUCGGGACUGUGGGAACCAAGCCAAGAAAGACUGCACUCACAUGCGUUGCAGGACUUGCUGUAAGAGCCGUGGCUUUGAUUGUUCCACUCAUGUAAGGAGCACGUGGAUCCCCGUUGCCAGACGCCGUGAGAGACAACAGCAGCUUCAUAUGUCCACAUCUGGAGGCAGCGGCGGAAGCGGCAGUGGAGGCGGCGGUUCGAGUAUCCCUAAACGUCAUAGGGAUACUACUCUUCCGGGAACAUUAUCUACUGACCUGCCAUCCGACUCAGCAGGGUUAGAAAUAGAGGAGGCAAGUUUUCCGCCGGAAGUGAGCUCUGAUGCGCUUUUCCGGUGCGUAAAAAUGAGCGGCGUAGACGACGGAGGAGAAGAUGGUCAAUACGCUUAUCAAACGACAGUGAACAUCGGAGGUCAUCUCUUCAAAGGAAUUCUAUAUGACCAAGGCCCUGAAAGCAGCUACGUGAGUGGUGGCAGUGGUGGAAGCGAUCAUCAAAGCUCAUCUGCAGGUGGUGGAAAUCCAUUUAAUACUCCGGCAGUGGCUGACGGUGGAGGAGGAUCGUCGACGAUGUUUGUAGAUCCUAAUUCAAGUGGUUACUAUUCAAGUAAUAUGGCGACUAUGUUCGCGCCACCAGGUACGCAAUUUUAUCAAAACCCACCAAGAUCUUGAAUAAACCAAGAACUCGAUAAUUUAUAUUUAAAAAAUAUAUUGAUUUUAUAUAUGUAAUGUGUUGUUUUGUGUUUUUUUCUAUCAAUCAUACUACAUAGACGAUAUUGCAAAACGGUUCAACAUCUGCAUGUUUGUUUAUCACUGUGUGCAAUGUAUGUGUUUAAUUUUAUAUUUCAAUUGUACGGUAAUGGAUAUUUUUUAUAAAUGUUGAGUAUUCGUGGUUUAUAUAAACAUGUAUACUUUU